AUGAAUAGCUUUUUAACCUCUAGAUAUCAAUAUUUUGAAGGUUUCACAGUUAAUACUAGACCCUUUGAUGAUUAUUCAACGAAUAAUAAUAAUAAUAAUAAUAACAACAACAAUCAUGAGUCAAAUCCCUCACAAACCAAUGGCAAUCCUGUUGAUAACUCCACAACUUCAGCAGCUGCAAGAUCACCUUUAGUUGAUGUUUGUGUAGGAGAUGUGCGUUGUACUGUAAGAGCUCUUAUCGAUUCAGUCUCCGAAGCCACCUUUAUUUCUAAAAAUCUCCAAGCUUCUCUGACAAUCCCCACAAAAACUUGUUACGAAACUUCCUCAUGGGCACGUCGCAAUGAACAAAUUUUAAGUACUGAAACAAAUGUAAAACCAACAAAUGAAGCCUUGCUAGAACUUGAUAGCACACUUUCGCAAAGUGUUUUUGAAUUUGUAAAUCAAAUACCUAUAUGUCAAGAAGAGCAACUGGAGAUUGUAGAACAGCAAGAAUCUGAAAACUUUUUGGAAGAUCUCAACAAUUUCAAUGACAUUGAAAUGGAUGGGUUCUUAUAA